GCUGGAGCUUUAAGGGAGACACAGUCAGAGGGCCGGCCGGAUUUCGGUAGAGGAGACAGAUUUCUUAUGUCACGGAUUUGGGCGUGGCAAUAAGGUGGGCCCUUCAAAGCUAAACUGUUAGUGUUUAGUCUGCCUGACUACUCAUAGGAGAACACAGCAGAGUGGAAACGAUGUGAACGGGGACGGUCUUGGCCGGAAAGAUCAGGUGAUGACAGCAGUGAAACAAGAAAAGCAGUUUACGGAAGCGGCCUUGCACGCAGUGGUUUCAACCAAAAGCAAAGCCCCAUCCCCACCAGGACUGAAGAGGCUGGAUUCUCCAGGUUUCUCUCAGUGGCUUUCUGCAAAUCCUCAUUUGACGAUGGACCAGAUGGAGAACCUUAUAGAUAAAGAGCUUUCACUCACUGUGGUUCUGCCCGGUGGAGUGGAAAAGAUGACUGUAGUCCAUGGAAGCAAACCCUUAAUGGAUCUUUUGGUGACACUUUGUGGAAAGUAUCACCUGAAUCCGUCGAGCCACACCUUAGAACUGGUCACUGCCAAUCGAAACAGCAUCAAGCUCAAACCCAAUGCCCUUAUAGGAACUUUGGAUCCAGAAAAGAUCAUACUGAAACCUAAAGGAGAGGAUAAAAAUAAGAAGACGGGUCCUCACAUGCCUGAGGCAACUGUUCGGAUGGUCAUAAACUACAAAAAGACCCAGAAAACAAUAUUAAGAGUAAAUCCCAGAGUUCCUCUUACUGAGCUCCUACCAGCAAUCUGUGAGAAAUGUGAAUUCAACAUGGAUACCACAGUUUUGUUUAGAGAUGUCCAGUCCCCGGCCCCUUUGGACUUGUCCAAUUCACUUAACGAUUAUGCAAUACGGGAGGUUUAUGCAAGGGACACAAAAGGACAACUGGCUUCUCCUGUAGGCUCAAGUUCACCGACAUGUGCAGAAGCAGUCACCCCCGGAAAAGAUAAAAAUCAGAAAGAAAAAGAAAAUAAGGGCCUUUUCAGUAUGUUUAGAAAAAGCAAGAAAAAGUCAGAGCAGCCAACAACAGCCAGUGCCCCGGCUUCUCCUGUGCUCGUGAGUAAGCCUCGACCGCUCAGUAUGGCCUUACCCUGCUCAAAUUCAUCUCCGACCAGCUCUCCCACGUUCUCUACGGAUGUGCCAAAGAAGAGACGUGCACCCCAACCCCCUAUCCUGGUCUCUCAGAGCUGCCACUCAGACCUCAGCACCGCCCGGAGGCAUAACUCUGAACCUACUGCCCAACUCGACCGUGAUCAGAUGAUCAGUGUAAGUCGAGAGUCCUCAGCAGAGUCUUCACUGAAGAGAACCAAACGCAAGGCUCCUCCACCCCCAACAUCUCCAAGUGCUCUUGUCCAAGAAUCUGUUUGUCUAGAGGACACUUUGCAAGCUAUUACAACUGCUAAUACACUGGAGGAGAUCAUGGAGCAAGAAGAGACGACGGCAUCCGUCAAAUCUGCAACUGCUAGCAGCAGCCAGGGAGAAGAAAGCAGCCUGAACAUGUCGCCUGAAGAGUCACUGCAUAGCCCUUCCCCAGACCUCGAGACGGAGAGCACCGUGUCAGUGGAGGGCAGUGGGGAAGAUCAGUCUGUUGAUCUGUCCUCAGAUGGCAAUCAGCUGCAGAGUGAACUGAAAGAUUCUGCAGCUCUAAGUCCAAAGGAAACUGAUGCCAUAGAGUUUCCUGCGCUGACAGCUAAAGAUAGUGGUCCACUUCCAGUUGAAGAGUCUGUAGUUGACAGUGCUGUUAGCGAACACGGUGCUAGCAGCCUCCCUCUGCCUCCAACUCCGGAUGCAGAGGCACAGGCCUCCGUUCAAGCAAACACUGAAACCCUGCGGGAGUUGACUUGCAGGUUAGAGAGUUCAGUGGCCACCAGCACAUUGCGUCCCAGUGCCGAAGAUGCUCAAGUGCAAACAGAUUUCACACGGCUUCCAGUGCCUCCACAAGAACUGGCUGACGAAUGUCCGUCGUCAGCAGAUGUGCCUGCUGUAGAAACUUUGGGGGAAACAGAUAUGGCCACUUUGAGAGAGGAGCUGGAACCCUCUGACCCCAAACCUGCCUUAUUCCCCGACUUGGAGAUUUCAUCGUGCAAAGAUGCAACACCAAGUGCUCCUGCUGCAACAAAAGUGCCGUCUACGCUUCCUACAGACUCUGAGCCAAAACACAAGCCUUCCAACGAGCUGACAAGGGACUACAUCCCUAAAAUGGGAAUGACAACAUACACUAUUGUGCCACAGAAAUCUCUUGAGAAACUAAGAUAUUUUGAAGUUGCGCUGACACUGGAAGCACCUCCCGAAGCUCCAGCGGAAGGACGGGAUGUUUGUUCUCUUCAUUUGGAAGAGAGGAUGGGACAGAAUGAACAGACAGAAGUCUUGAAGGAAAAAAGUGAGCUGCAUCCUAAUUCACCCAGGGAAGACUUACUGACGAGCACUACUGCUACGACUACUGCCACAACGACAACUACUACUACGCCACACACUGUAAAUGGAAGCCUACCCGAAGCUACUCAUUCCUCAUCGCCAACAAGUUUACACAGCGCAGACAAGAUCUCAUCCUCAGCUAAUGAGGCGUCUCAAGCAGUUUCACCAGCAGAGGUCAAGGAGAUGAAAAUUCCACCCGCAACAAAACCUAAACCUACUUCUUUCCGCUUGGCACAGCACAAAAAAACACCUGGGUAUUACGUAACUUCGGCAGCAGAGAAAAAUCUUAAUGCCACUCCUGGCCUUGGCCUCAAGGAGACUCAAGGGAGAGAAGAGAGAGCAGCACUGCCCCCCCCUCCCCCUCCCCCACCCCCUCCCCCUGUGCAGUGUCAGGAGGAGACAGAAGGGGCCAGUAGUGUCCAGCCGAGCCCCAAACCACAUGGCGAGAAUGCCUCUUUCAUGAAGAUGACGCGGCAAAGUAGUUUGCCAGCUAGAGAGCCUACUGUGGGGUUGAGCCUGGAUAAAUUAAGGAGCUUUGCAGCUCCCAGACCGUAUUCUCCCGCAACUCCAUCCCGCUUUGCACAGGCAGUGUCCUCUGCCGUGAAAAGGAGCUAUUCCCUAUCCCACAGGCCAAAGUCACCUCCCUUCUCCGUGUCACCACCCGUCUCUCCAAUUACAAGUCAGUCAUCAGUCAGAGAUUCAGAAGGAUUAUCUAAACCCAAGGGUUCUGAAAAUAAAGACAUGGAUAAUGAUGACUUCACACUGCAGAGAGAGGCUGCUGUUGAAAUGACGAGUGAAAGCAGUCCACAGUGAUGUCUAUCAUCCACAGGAAGAAAAAGUCCCAUAUCCUGUGAUAUUCUUUCAUUUUACAUUUCAUAGCACGUCCAUCAAACUUUUUUGCAGGAGAACCUCCUGUUUUCCAAUUUGAGUUUUAGCUCAUGACACAAACAAAGAAAUAGUCUUUUGUGGUACCUGUUUUAGUGGUCUUCACCAGCUGAUUUAUAAUUGUGUAUUUUUCUUCGUUUUUUCCCUCACAUGUUUACGUAAUAUUCUUACAUAUUUUAAUGUUUCUUUUAUUUUAUGUUUGGACUGUUGUGCAUUUAAUGCAAAGUGUUAUGAGCAAUCGGUUAUAUCAGAUGAGAACAAUUCUAUAAAUUAUUAGAAUCAUUCCUAGAGCUAAUACUUUUAGGUUUAUUAUUAUUAAAAUGUAUUAUCUAAAAAAUACUUGAUGUUAAAGAAACACCACAACUGACCUAUGGUAAAUAUUUACACUUCAGAUAUAUUUUAAGUAUUGAGUUUUGAUUGAAAUGUAUGGAGACAGUCUACAGUGGACUUUUUCUUGUCUGUAAGUGUGAAUAAAGCUAGUACUCUGUCACUUGCUUAUCUUUAAAAGGGGUUGUCAUGAUUAUUUCCUCCUGUCUACUUCUAAAUCUUGAAUAUGUUUUUACAUUAGCUCUUCACCCAUCAUAACUCCAAAUACUAUGUUUUCAAUUUAGGAAAACUAAGAUUGUUGUCCAAGAGGAUGUUUCCUCUUGUGAGGAAGAGGAUUUGGCUAAAGUCUCUUGUGUUUGGUUAAGUUCCUGGAGGCUUGCCAAAGGGACCAGGGCUACAGGAGUUGAGGAAUUCAGCUGCGGCAACUCAUUUUUAACUGAUUCAAGCUUACUGACUCUUUAGAGGACUGCCAUUAUCUGUGCAUGUUGUUCAUAUGUGUAAAGCUUUUAUUCACUCUAAAGGACACUGAACUCUAUCAUUUACUGCCUUCUAAUUCUUAACCUUCAGUUAGCUCUGCACGCAUUAUAACUCCACAUACUAUGCUUUUAAUGCA